AUGCGUUGCUUGGUACAUGUACAUUGUAAUUCAAAUGUUGAAGAGUAUAACGAAAUAUUCACCAUCCUUGCUGGUUUAGUUGCUGAAUCAAGUUCGUCAUCGGAGGAUUCAGAACAAGAGCAGAUAGAGCAUCGAAAAUGCUCUAAUUUUGUGGACACCAUUGAUAAAUUUGAAGAUGAGGAUUUGAAAUCUCACUUUCGUUUGAGCCGCAACAUUUUAGAUUACUUAAUAGGAAGAUAUGAAGAAAGUGAACAAACCCGUUUUGCUACGAAGGCCGGAAAAGCCAAAAUUCCUGCUAAAACAAUGAUGUACAUAUAUGUAUGGUAUUUAAGUAACACAAUUACCUACAGACAACUAGCCGUAUUGUUUGGUGUAACGAAGUCCACGGCAUAGGCGAUUGUUCGUCGGGGCGCUUGGGUUAUCUCAAUAGACCAUGAGUUUGUUAAGUGGCCAACUGGAGAUGCGUUGGAAGAAACAACUCGCAACUUUUUACAAAGGAAACAAAUACCAGGUGUUAUUGGUGCUAUUGAUUGUACCCAUAUAACAAUUAAUGCACCAAUAAAAGACAAACAUAUAUAUUUUGAUCGAAAACGUAAUUAUAGUGUUGUUCUAAAGGCCAUUGUCGAUGCUGAUAAAAAAUUUAUUGAUAUUUAUUGUGGUGAACCCGGAUCAUCAGCAUUUUAUAGAAAAGCGAAAUGUAAUAUGGAACGUUUAUUUCCAAAUUCUACUUUUAUUCUUGGGGACUCGGCAUACCCUUGCAGAAAUUACCUCAUACCGGUGUUUAAAGAAUAUGGUUCGUUAACGCCUAAUCAAAUCAGCUUUAACAAAACACAUUCCUCAGCAAGAAUAGUUGUUGAAAAUGCAUUUGGAGCACUGAAAGGACGUUUCCGAAGGCUUCUUAAAUUUACGGAGUACAGAAAUUUAUGUGCAAUUUCGAAUUUAGUUGCAAGUGCAUGCAUUAUGCACAAUAUAUGUAUUAUUACAAACGACGAUACAAUUAUUGACCAUCAAAUUGAAAGUGCCGAACCGGACCCAGAAACUGCUAAUGAGCUGACGAGAGAAGCAAGUGAAGAUCGCCGGAAUCAGUUGCUUACAAUUUUAACACGAAGAAAUUAAUAAAUUUUAAUUUUUUUAAUUUUAAA